GAUUUUCCAUGAUAUUAGUGAUUUGUUAUCAACUGCGCAUACAAUCUGUGAAAUAUAAAGUUCCAAUCAAGAACUGCUUCAGGCCCUUCUCAUGGUAACGAUCAUAGGACCAAAGUAUAAAGAGAAUGUUAUUCAGAUGACAAUAACAGUCACCUGUUAGUGAAUUCAUUAUCUAAGCGAUGAAUGUCCAUCUCCUCAUAAGUCGAUUAUCGUCCCCGUGAUUGUCAUGAAACGACCAGAUGAGUCAUGCAUACAAGUCGCAAUUGCUUUAAGACUUCUGUUCGUAACACAAGUGGGUGGAGAUUGUUUCGCUCUUUGGUGUGAGCAAGGAGUGCUGGUAACUCCUUCAUGUGAGUGAUCUCCAUGGAGUGAUGCUGUGGCAGAGUGGGUGUUCUCGCCAAUGACUUUAGCCUAUGUCAGGCUGCUUUUGGGCAUUAAUCUGAGGAAGUAUGGAUGCUUGAGCUUGACAUAUUACUGCUCUGGAUUGUAAGAAAGUCAACAGUUGCUCAAAUAAGAAAGGGUGCAUCUCUUAGUUACAAUCAACUAUAUGCAUUAGUCAUCUCUCCAAGAAAAUUAUCGGACCAAUAUACCGUACAGAAACAAACGAGAACGUUCUGAUAUUGAAUGAACCCAGGACCUGCCACUUUCGGGACCUCAUCUAUAGGUCCACCGAUAAUGCUUUCUAAUAUCGUCUGUGUCUGUCUUUUGGGAUUAUCUUGGUUCGUGUGUUAUUGAUAUAGGCGGAACAUACCUGUUGUGGUGAUAGAGGGGUAAUUGGACAAUAUAUUUUGCAUUCCUGCUUCCAGAAAAUGGAUUCCUUCAUGAUGAUGUAUGGACAGACAGAAGAUGUUGGCAAGCAGGCCAUUGAAUGCUAUGAUAUCUGCAAGCACUACGGACGGGGCAAAUCCAAGUUACAAGUCUUGCAGAAUCUCGCCAUGAGGGUACCAAAAGGAAAAAUUUAUGGCUUACUGGGACCAAGCGGUUGCGGAAAAACGACUCUCCUCCGCUGUGUUUUGGGAAGGCUUAGCUUCGAUUCAGGCCUCGUCUUGACCCUUGGACGACCACCUUUGACCCGAGGUCAUGGUAUACCCGGGUCACGUGUUGGAUAUAUGCCUCAGGAGAUCGCCCUGUACAAUGAAUUCUCCAUCAAGGAAACCUUGGUCUACUUCGCCACCAUCCAUAAGAUGAGUCGAAAAGAAGCAAAGAUAAGAAUCGAGUUCCUCGUAGAACUCCUAAACCUUCCAGAGAAGGGCAGGAUUGUAGGACAUCUUAGUGGUGGUCAGAAGAGACGAGUAUCCUUCGCCGUUGCGUUGAUCCAUUCACCGGAACUUCUUAUUCUGGAUGAACCUACAGUGGGAGUUGAUCCAUUGCUCAGACAGAAGAUUUGGGACUACUUAAUGAAGUUUUCUACUGAACAGAACACCACUGUCAUCUUGACGACCCAUUACAUAGAGGAAGCCAGAAAUGCAGAUAUGGUAGGACUGAUGAGAAAUGGCAAGAUAUUGUCAGAAGAUUCACCGCAGUCUCUCUUGGAAAUGCACAAUCUACCGACCCUUGAAGGAAUCUUCCUUAAACUAUGCAUGGCGGACGCACAGGAGACGGGAUCAAACGGUGACGAGGCUGUCGACGUCGUCGUUGACAUCGAAAAGCCUUCCCAAGUCGAGAUCGCCUUGCCUAAGGACAUAACGGAGGAGACCACCCUCCUGCUCCCCAACGGAACACCUAACGGAGCCCCAAACGGAGUGGCCAAUGGGCAUUGCCUCUCGUACACCAACCCGACAUUCAAUCACGUGACCCCUGCGGCUGACCCUACCGAUGACUUCAUUGGUAGAUCUCGAGCUGACACAAAGUCUGGCAUCCCAAAGUACCAUUACGAUCAACUACCUUGGGAGUGGAGUCAUUUUUUUCCUAGCUUCAUGAGCAUGUGGGCUCUUUUCGUCAAAGACAUAGUUAAACUAGGCAGGAAUCCCGGGUUAACUGUCUUCUACUUCAUGGUACCAAUCAUCGAGGUCAGUCUCUUCUAUCUUGCCAUUGGAGGUACCCCAAGGAACCUUCCUGUCGCCGUUGUUAAUCAUGAGAUCCCUCCAAUCCUCAGUAAGGAGUUCCUCAACCAGUUACCUAAUGAGACAAUUAUACAGAAACCAGUGGAUACAAUGGACGAGGCAUUGGAUAACAUCAGAGAGGGUGCAUACUACGGGAUCAUCGAAAUACCUGAAAAUUAUACCACAUUUCUUCUCAAAAGAUUUACGAGUCAAGGGACAAUUGAUAAUGCGACGUUGGAUGGGAGCAACAUCAAGGUCACUUUAGAUGCAACAAAUCAACAAAUAGCCAUUACUCUUCAAACAACGAUAUUAGAAGCUUACAACAAUUUUAUAUCGUUGACUUUAGAAGACUACGGGAUUAACCCUGCACAGGCGCAGACACCAGUUGUAUUCGUUGAGCCCAUCUAUGGAAGCUUGGAUGCAAGUUUCACUGAAUUUAUGGUAGCAGGGGUUGUCAUCAGUAUCAUAUUCUUUCUUGCCGUGGGCUUGACUUCUGUUACUUUCGUGGUGGAGAGGAAAGAAGGUUUAAUGGAUAGAUCAUGGGUCGCUGGUGUGAGCACUGGGGAGGUGACUAUCGCUCAUGUUUCCACCCAGUUCCUCGUGAUCUCGGUCCAAAUAGCUGUUGUUCUCAUCUUCACUUUCAUCGUCUUUAAUAUGACGAAUGAAGGGAAUAUUUUUCUGAUCGUAUUGAUGUGCAUGUUACAAGGGUUAUGUGGUAUGUCAUUUGGUCUUCUGAUAUCAUCUGUCUGUGAUACCGAAGCGGGCGCUGUUCAAGCUGCUCUAGGUUCCUUCUAUCCAAUCUUGUUGCUCAGUGGUAUCAUCUGGCCGAUACAGGCAAUCCCAUAUCCAUUAUAUUACAUAUCACUUGCACUACCACAAACAUAUGCAGCCGAAUCGUUGCGUGCCAUAAUGAGCAAAGGCUGGGGCGUUGAUCACUUUGAAGUUUGGAUUGGUUACGUCAUAACCACAGCUUGGUGGGUGAUACCAUUAGCUCUAUCUGCUUUGAUAUUACACAUUAGGAGAUAGAUCUUCCUUCAUAGGACCUGGGUCCAGUUUACAUAAAGACCUCUUUUUUGUACAUGAACAAUUUUUAUAACAAGUUAACUAUAAUCCAAUCAAAGUGAAUCAUUUCAGUAACCUUAGCUUGAAACUGUUAUUUCAAGAUUCAAGAUCAUUUAUUGUCAUGUAUAAAAAAUAUUAGCCAAAAGUUUAUUAUAACAUAUUUUAGGAAAUGGGCACCAGUAUAUCUGCAUCGCCAUUUGACUUUAUCAGAGGGGGGGGGGGUCGCAAGGUGACUUUAAACAGAGGCAAUGCCAGGGUAUGUUUAUUGUGGAUGGGGGACAAGACGACCCAAACUACUAGUAACAAAAUGUGUAGGCAUUUUUUUUUCUCAAUUGAACUAAUGAAUGUGGCCCUCUUUCUACCCUUCUUUGACCAGACUUCUUUUUCUCCGUUUUCGUUUCUCCUCUCCUCACCCACCCCCCCCCCCCGCCCCACUAUGGUAACCAUGGGGAAUGGCACCCUCCCAUCUGCGUCUUGUUGGGGGCUGCGCCUCGACUUAAUUGGAAUAUAACUAUGGCCAGAGUGAAUUUACAAGAAAGCUAUUUUUUGUUAUUAUAAUAAUAAACAUUGCGCCUCAGAAUAGAUUAUUUAUAGUUAUUAUUUAAAAUUGUGCUAAUACAUACAUUAAUUAAAUAAUCAUUGAUAAUCUGUGUAUUACCAUCAUCAUUUUUUUUCCUGUAUUAGUAUUGUUAUGACUACUUCGAGAGAAAAUAAAGAAACUUGGUGAUAUUGAGUAAUAGCACAUCUAUUUACCGAGUAUUUUUGGCAAAAAAAUAUUCCAAGUCAUAUUCUUAUUGUACUUAUGUUACAAGAAAUUUUUAAAAAUCAAAAUUUAUUCAAUAUUUCAGAUAUUAAAGACAAUUACUGUGUAUAUAGUGUUUGUAUUCCAUCCAGUAUGUACAUUCAUGUGAAUAUUAAUUUAUUGUAUAUAGCAUUUUCAUUUCCAAUAUGAUUAUACUGAAACAUUUCAAUGAAACAGAUUGCAAUCAAAGCACUGUAAAAUAGAUAAAAGAUGAAAAAUUUAAGUUUCAUGACAAUCAACUGACAUUAUUCUUCCUUGGUGAGAUAAUUUAGACUAUCAAAGAAAUCACAGGGAUAUAUAGCAAUUACUUCAUAAUGCUUUAAGGACGUUCCACAGUUAUGUUUGUGCGCAUUAUGAUCUGCGCAUAGUUUACACUCUGCGCGCUGACGUCACAAUGGAUGAACAGGUGAUUAACUAGCUGCGGGUACGAGCUGAUUUUUCUCAUCUUCUGCACUUUAACUGCAGAUCCGAUGCGAUAUUUCAUGAAGCUAAAAAAUGGAAUUAUUCCAAGGACCAUUAAAAAAAAAAUCUAUACAAUUUCAAAAUACUGUAGUGCUGCCAAGAAUCACGAAUAUUACCCCGAGUUUGAAUAAAUAGUAGAGUGGUUUUGAUUUUUUCUUCACAUAGAUACAAAGCAUUCGGCGCAUUUUUGGUGUUUUAAAAAGCACAUUUGCUCUAAUAAAAAUGCUGAUAGUUUAAAAACAAGCACAUGAACCCCUAUUUUUUAAUGUUUGUACCUCUUAGAUAUACCUUCCUCUACAACUCUGCAAAUUUUGGUGAAAAUGUCAUGGAUUUUGAAUAAAGUGCAGCAUUUAUUGUACUUUUGUAGUUUGUUACUGGAAUCUCACAUUUCUUAGAUUGGGAUUUUGUUAUCUUUUACGCCAUUUUUAAGAACUGACAGUGCUGUUAAACUCAAAAUUGCAAACAAGUAGCACUAUAAAUAGAUUCUCCAUUCUAACGAUAGAAUUAUUAACUCUCUUGCAAAAUUUGAUGACUUUUUCAUGUAUUUUGACUGAGUAAUAGAGGUUUAAACUCAUUGUAGUAAUCUUGGGCGGUCUAAAAAUACAAAAUUCUUUUGAAUGCGCAAUUCUUAAGAACAUCAAUUUGGGUGAAUUUUGAAGCUCUAUAGCAAAAAAUCAAGCACAUGGACCUAUGUUAAUUUUUGCAUAUUUCGAAUAUUAAGGUUCUAAAGUAUCUAUGUGCAAAGUUUGGUGAAAAUGACAUGGAUUUCACUUUAACUGUGGAACGUCCUUAAAUACUUAAUUACAUAGUCAGCUAUGACAAAACAAAACGGGUUUACUCCUUUUGCUCUUUAUCUGUAUCAUUUCAUUUAGAUGUAAGGUUAUUUUGUAUUUCAGAAAACAGUAGGCUUUGAUAAUUCUUUUCAUGUGAAAAUAUAAUAAGUUACGGAUAGCUGACCAAAGAAACUUCUUUCAGUACUUGAUACCGUGGUCAAUUUCUACAGAAACAGAGGUCACUUUUCUUUUCAAGGAUAUUUUUUUUUCUUCCUUGAUAACGCAGAUUGAAACAUCCAAGUCUUUUCAAUAGUGUACAUGUAAUCUGCUACCUCUUGAUUGUGUGAAUAAUAUAAAUAUGUGCAACAUGUCCACUUUUGCGCAGAAUGUAAGAGAGAGUAACGUCAAGACUGGUUAAAUAAAAAUAUGUUUAUUAUAAAGAUUCUGAGCGUACUCAUGCAUUUUUUUAAAUCUUUUUAAAUGUAUAUACACACUGUAUAACUAUAUAUUUUUACUAGGAACUUUUACAAUUUCUUUCACCAUGUGUAAUACAUGUAUGCCAAAUAAUAGUACAUGUAUUUGAAAUGUACAGUGUAAUUAUCAAGCAGUGUUAAUUACACCUUGUAUAAUUCUGUAAUCUAUUUUUGAUAAUUGGAUGAAUUUUAUGAUCAGAAUGAUAGCUUGAUAGUGCAAUGAUCUAUAACUAUUAUUUGCAAUAAAGUGUACUAUCAUUUGCCAAAGAA